CUAUUGGAUAAGAAAUAGUUGUGCAUCUUCUCCUGGGCAUUGGUUUGUUGUAUCUUAAUUAGAUCUGUAGAUUAAUUCACCAAUUAGGUUUUCAUUUUCACUUUGGUAAAAAGUUAUAGGCCAAACUUAUGACUUGAACCAUGCAGGAUGAGCAGAUUUCUAUGGUAAACAUUUAGCAUUGGGCUUGUACAAGGCUCCGUUUUUCAUUCUUGCAUUUGUUUUGCUUUUCAACUGUUUCUAAUUUUGGUCAUUCUCCCCUAUUCUAUGCUUCCCUGUAAGCCAUUCUGAACAGCUUUUUUGUCUAAGUUGGGGUAAAUGGGUGAGUAAAGAAAGAGGGAGGGUGGAGAGGAAGAAAGAGAUGAGAGUAUAAAGCAAUGCCUAUUGUUUUCUUUGGCUCCAUCAUGUUCUCAAAGAGGGGUCCUUAGACCAGCAGCAGCAGCAUCACCUCUGAGUUCAUUAGACAUGGGUUUCACCCUGCCUAGUAAUUCAGAAUCUCUAUGGACAAGGCCCAAAUAACUACUUUAACAUGAUCUGCUAGAUGAUUUUUAUGCACAUUAAAGUUCGAGAAUCACAGGGAAACCAAAGGCAAGUUGAUUGCUAAACAUACUCUUUAUUUGUCCCAUCAAACCCAUUGUAUUGGUCAAGAUAAGUAAUGCUAAUUACUCCAAUAAAUAAUCCCCAAAAUUUCAUUAGCUUAACACAAUAAAAGUUUAUGUUUUGCUCAUGCUACAGUCCAAUAUUGAUCACUUUAGGGUGGAAAGAGCUGUUUCAUUAAUUUGUUCACUAAACCAGUUCCUUUCAUAGUGAGGCUUUGCCAUCCUCUGGGGCCUUGGAUUCUUCCUCUGGAUUCUUUGCAUCUAAGAAGGCAGGAGAGGGAACAAAGAGAGAGGAAGCUUUGUUGGCAGGUCUGGAAGCAACACCAGUCUUUUCUGCCUACUAUUCCCCUGGCUAGAACCCCAAUCACGUGGCCCACCUAAUUGCAGGGGAGGCUGGGAUGUAGGGCAUAUCUGUGGAGCCAGGAGGAAAAGGAAAUAGCUUUGGUGAAUACAUAGCAUGGUCUCUGCCACAUCCAUGGGCCUAAGUGAAUCUUAAACUCCACAUGUCAUGUUUUGAUAUUCAGUGUCAUUUGCUAAUCAAAUUUUAUCUUUUCUUUUUUAACUCUAGCACUAUGGGACUGAGUCGCACUCUCCUUGUGAUGGCCCUCCUGCUCUCUGGUGUUUCUUCCAUGAAGAGUCAAGCAUAUUUCAACAAGACUGGAGAACUGCCAUGCCAUUUUACAAACUCUCAAAACAUAAGCCUGGAUGAGCUGGUAGUAUUUUGGCAGGACCAGGAUAAGCUGGUUCUGUAUGAGCUAUUCAGAGGCAAAGAGAACCCUCAAAAUGUUCAUCUCAAAUAUAAGGGCCGUACAAGCUUUGACAAGGACAACUGGACCCUGAGACUCCACAAUGUUCAGAUCAAGGACAAGGGCACAUAUCACUGUUUCAUUCAUUAUAAAGGGCCCAAAGGACUAGUUCCCAUGCACCAAAUGAGUUCUGACCUAUCAGUGCUUGCUAACUUCAGUCAACCUGAAAUAACAGUAACUUCUAAUAGAACAGAAAAUUCUGGCAUCAUAAAUUUGACCUGCUCAUCUAUACAAGGUUACCCAGAACCUAAGGAGAUGUAUUUUCAGCUAAACACUGAGAAUUCAACUACUAAGUAUGAUACUGUCAUGAAGAAAUCUCAAAAUAAUGUGACAGAACUGUACAACGUUUCUAUCAGCUUGCCUUUUUCAGUCCCUGAAGCACACAAUGUGAGCGUCUUUUGUGCCCUGAAACUGGAGACACUGGAGAUGCUGCUCUCCCUACCUUUCAAUAUAGAAACCAUCAAAGGGGAGAGAAAAGAGAGCAAACAGACCAACGAAAGAGUACCAUACCAUGUACCUGAGAGAUCUGAUGAAGCCCAGUGUGUUAACAUUUUGAAGACAGCCUCAGGCGACAAAAGUACUACACAUUUUUAAUUAAAGAAUAAAGUCCAUAUAACUGUCCAUUGUUUAUAUGCCUUUCACUUCAAGUUUUGGGCUUACCUUUUCCUUGUCUAUUAAUAUUAUUAUUACCAUUAAUAAUAGUGGAGGUUCCAGGACUCCAUCUGAGAAAGCCACUCUGUAAUGCCAGCUCUGCUCCCUACCUCAGGAGCAGACCUUAACUGCUUCUUUUCAUUUCAGAGCAAAUUUGUGUGCCAAGCUCACCUGACUGGCUCCUGGCUCAGGAAUAAUGUUUAAGACUAACACCUCCUGUUUCACAUUCAGCCUUCUUUUCUUAAUUUUAUAAAUUGUGUUUUAUGUAGAACUCCCAAUUACUGGAAUAAUGGCUUUUAUCUAUGAUAAUUCUAAGGUAGUGCCUCAUUCUAUCUUGUAUAUUUGUGACUGAAUAACUACCUCUUCAGUCGUGUGGGAGUUAUAUAUUUUAUGGCUUUUAUAGUAUUGCUAUUAAUAUCUUGAAACAUAAAGAGAUGUGUACUAUAAUAAUGUAAUUACUAUGCCCUGAGAAAAUCACUGCUGAGGAGCUCUUGUCCCUCUGUGAAGAUCAGUAGGAAAAUGGUGGCUUGGCGUGCUGACAAUGAUGAGCAGACCAACUCAAAAUUUGGAAAAUUAAGAACAAUGAAGAUGGAAUCAGCUCUGGAUCCUGGAUCCACUUCUAUCUGGGCCCUUGCUAACCUGAGAAGGAUCCGCCUGCGGAACAAGCUAUAGAUAAGCCUUAGCAGAGAACACUGGGUCAAGCACUGCGCGUUGUGAACCUACUUCUCUUCUUGAAAGAAAUGACUGAGAUGAUGGUCCAGGGCAACUAUGCAAGAGCCAACUGAGAGAUCACAACACUCAAAAGAGAAAAAAAAUGAAAGAUCUUGACAACAGAGAUGCACAUGAAUGUCCUGUCUGUCCAGUCCUCUGACAAACCUUGGGAUUAGCAACAGGUGGACAGUCUGUCCAAAAGGACUUAAAACAGACAGCAGCUUCCAUGGUGGUUGGUGAGAAGUUUGGAUAAUAAUCAAGUUAUUGUGAUGUUUCAUCUGGCUGCAGGCAGAGCUGGGGAGGAAGAGCUAUCUAUCAUCUUGAUAAUGGGAUAAAUGGAAGGAAGCUUAGGACUCUUUCAACUUACUUCUGAGACACAAAGAGCUAGAGUGGAAUCAGGAGGACCAAGAUGUAAAUAAUCUAGAGGCCAACUUAGCUGGCAGGUGCCCUAGGGAGAGAUCAGCUGGCCAAGAGCAGGGCUGGCAAAUUUAUAUCUGAGGACUGUCUAUAUGUCAUUAUAAAUGAUGGGGAAACUGGGUACACGAGAGGACUAUACUAGCCCAGUAGAGAUGAGUCAGAUGACCCUGGCUCUAAAGCAGCAUCACUAAGGGACGAGGCAGCCUCAGUCCAAACCAAGAGAGAACUUUGGGAGGCCCAACCCACAGAAAUAUUUCUUCUUAUUCUACAUAAAGGAAUCUAGAAGGUUGUAGACAGCUGUACUAGCCAUGCUUGUCCUUGUAAUAUUACCAUUUGUGUGUUCUUCCCUGCAUUUGCUUCAUUAGGCCAUAAGCAUCUUGUUAGUUUCUAACAUGUUUCGUAUAGUGAGUUCUUAAUAAAUUUUUCUUAAAUUGAUUUAAAAGUCUCCAUUUUCUGCUUCUACUUCAAUGGUACUACUUAACCUUUGUAGUCUGAUAUUACUUCCUCUGUCUUCCUAAUGUACUUUCUCCCUCUUAAUGUCUCUAUGGAAGCCUCAUUCUCCAGUCACCCUGGCUAAUGGCCUCUGACUCAUCCCAAACCCUCCUCUUCCCCUUUCCCCAACCAUUGUAUAAGAAAAGGGGGCUUAUAUGAUUCUAUAUGUUUAUCUCAGUCAUGAGACAUAAAAAAUCAAGUAAGGGAGGUUCUUUCUGAGGACAACGGGGAAGUUUGGAGUUAGGGAAGGGAUACUUGGUUUUCAGUUUGUAACUUUUAUAUUCUGUA